UGUCAAAACACAACAACGUCAUCAUAGCUAGUGGAGACGUUGCUAACAGCCUGGGAGCGUAAUUCUACUUAUAGUUUCUUGUUUUUCACAAUUUUCUUAACCACAAGUUGUUUCUAAAAUGUCAGAAGCUCAAAUUCAGGGAGUCUGUUUCGGCACCUCCCAGGACAGGAAACUUUUCCCCGCAAAUUUUGCACCAGACCGGCUGGGAAACCAAAUGGCACGACCGGAAGUGCCGCACAUCGGCCCCGGCAGCUAUGACAACCACGAGUACGGCACCAUAGUGUAUGAUCUGCAGAAGACACCGGGCAGUAAGAAAGGAUACAGUCUGUCUGCGAGGACUGCAGCUCGCUUUCCGCCCUGCAGUCAGACAGCGACCCCUUCCCCACUGCAGUACCAGCAGGAUCAAAGCUACUCCAGAGUCCCCCCUCCUGGCAAAACCCCUUUCGCCUCGACCACACAGAGGUUCAAAACCAUGUUGUGUACAGCCAAGGACAGCCCAGGGCCUGGGACCUAUGCUCACGAUGCGGUGACUGACAGGAAGGUGAGCUGGCCGAUGUGCUUCGGGAGCCCUGAUUGGUCCAGACUGCCUCAGAUAGAGAAGACGUCCCUCAGAGUGAAGCUAAACAAUGAAAAGGAGUUCAUGAAGCACAGAAGGAGAGUGGCCUACCUGAGUCUGUACUAUUAAUUGUAAAGUUAAUUGACAAAUGCCAUUAUAA